AUGGUUUUGUUUGCAGUUACUGUGAAAUGGGGAAAGGAGAAAUUUGAAGGUGUAGAAUUGAACACUGAUGAACCUCCCAUGGUGUUCAAGGCUCAGCUUUUUGCACUCACUGGAGUCCAGCCGGCCAGACAGAAAGUUAUGGUGAAAGGAGGAACAUUGAAGGAUGAUGAUUGGGGAAACCUCAAAAUAAAAAAUGGUAUGACUCUACUAAUGAUGGGGUCAGCAGAUGCUCUUCCUGAGGAACCCUCAGCUAAAACUGUCUUUGUAGAAGACAUGACAGAAGAACAGUUAGCAUCUGCGAUGGAAUUACCAUGUGGAUUGACAAACCUUGGUAACACUUGCUACAUGAAUGCUACAGUUCAAUGUAUUCGUUCUGUGCCUGAACUCAAAGAUGCCCUUAAAAGGUAUGCAGGUGCCUUGAGAGCUUCAGGGGAAAUGGCUUCAGCACAGUAUAUUACUGCAGCCCUUAGAGAUUUGUUUGAUUCCAUGGAUAAAACUUCUUCUAGUAUUCCACCUAUUAUUCUACUGCAGUUUUUGCACAUGGCUUUUCCACAGUUUGCAGAGAAGGGUGAACAAGGCCAAUAUCUUCAACAGGAUGCUAAUGAAUGUUGGAUACAAAUGAUGCGAGUAUUGCAACAGAAAUUGGAAGCCAUAGAGGAUGAUUCUGUUAAAGAGACAGAUUCUUCAUCUGCAUCAGCAGUGACACCUUCUAAAAAGAAAAGCUUAAUUGAUCAGUUCUUCGGAGUUGAAUUUGAAACUACCAUGAAAUGUACAGAAUCUGAAGAAGAAGAGGUCACUAAAGGAAAGGAAAAUCAGCUUCAGCUUAGCUGUUUUAUCAAUCAAGAAGUCAAGUAUCUUUUUACAGGACUUAAAUUGCGACUUCAGGAGGAAAUCACUAAACAGUCUCCAACAUUGCAAAGAAAUGCUUUAUAUAUCAAAUCUUCUAAGAUCAGCCGACUACCUGCUUACUUGACUAUUCAGAUGGUUCGAUUUUUUUAUAAAGAGAAGGAAUCUGUGAAUGCUAAAGUUCUUAAGGAUGUAAAAUUUCCUCUUAUGUUGGAUGUGUAUGAACUGUGUACCCCAGAACUUCAGGAGAAAAUGGUCUCUUUUCGAUCAAAAUUCAAGGAUCUAGAAGAUAAAAAAGUGAAUCAGCAGCCAAAGACAAGUGACAAAAAGAGUAGUCCCCAGAAGGAAGUUAAAUAUGAGCCUUUUUCUUUUGCUGAUGACAUUGGCUCCAAUAAUUGUGGAUACUAUGACUUACAAGCAGUGUUAACACAUCAGGGAAGGUCUAGCUCUUCUGGCCAUUAUGUAUCAUGGGUGAAAAGGAAACAAGAUGAAUGGAUUAAGUUUGAUGAUGAUAAGGUCAGCAUCGUGACACCAGAGGAUAUCUUACGGCUUUCUGGUGGUGGAGACUGGCACAUAGCAUAUGUUUUACUCUAUGGGCCUCGCAGAGUUGAAAUAAUGGAAGAGGAAAGUGAACAGUAAUCUUCAUUUUAGCUAUUUAUGUUUAGGUGUGAAAUAAAUGUUAUUUGUUGAUCAUUUCUAUAAUCCAGAGCUGUAGAGGAAGAUAUUUAGGUGGUGUUAUGUGUUUCCCCUCUCAUGUGGAACAAAAGAGGGUGAAGCAGACCACUCUGGAUCAACCUAAAAAAAUUACAGAAAAAAGAAAAUUGCCUUUGGGACUGUGUUGCCCUGUACAAAGGUUGCAGGAAGACAUUUUAAAAAAGCUUAUUUCUUGCAUUAAUCUUUAAAAAUUCUGAUUUGAAAUGCCUUUCAGCCAUUGCCUUCUGUGAUAAAUUUUUCCCCCUGCCUUUUCAGCCCAGGAUUCAGCAAUCAGAUGUUUAUUGCACACCUAUUACUCUUUUUGUUGUUGUUGUUCUUGCAUGGUUCAAACCACCAGUGAUUCAUAGCUGCCCAUCCUUUGCCUUAUCUAACAAAAAUUUUGCCAGGAAGGUGGAAAGGAAGUAAGUGUUGCUCUCAUUGUGUUACUCAGUGCUGCUGCCCACAUCCCAUGGAAACACGGGUACAAUCAAGUAUUUGUCCAGCCUGACUGUUGCUGGCUUUUCAUGACUUUAAAAUAAAUUGUGACCAGUAAUAGUACAUUUGAUUAUACAUUCAUUAUUGUGUCUCUCUGAUGUACUAUGGUUUGUAUAUUUAACUUUGCAAUGGUUUUGUAGUAAUCAACCUUAAAAAACGUUGACAAGCUCUGGUUGCUUAUUUUUAGAAAAUGAGGAUAUUUAAUAAAAAAAAAAAAAAGAGGGACUAACAGCUUCUGACCUCAAGUCUUUUGUCUGAGUGUUGGAGCUAUGCUUGUUUAGGUAUAUUUAAUAGCAAGCAGUUGCUGCACGUGGUUAGUUUUACUCUGCUGUUAGGCAUCCAUUUAAAAAUGUUCUCUUCUGCCUUCUCACAUUAUGUUCUGUUUAAAAGAAAUAUAAAGUUGUAAAAUUAA